AUAACAAACUGGAGAGUAUGUUUAUUAGUCAGCAGCUUACACUUCACCUACGAUUUAAUAGUUUGUUUUGAAUUUGUUUACAACCAGAGUAUAAAGCGUUUUAUUUUUUAACUAUUUUUGCGCAAUAAAUUAAUAUACCGGUGCAAUGAUUUUUGUAGUUAUAUUAAUAGGGAUAUUUUUUGUGUAUUAUUUUUAUAUUAGACCGUUUAGUUAUUGGAAAAAACGGGGUGUAAAACAGGGAAAACCAUGGUUCUUCUUCGGAGAUACGUGGCCUAUGAUUUUUCGAGUUAUGGAUAUGGCGACAAAUGUGUCCUCUGUUUAUCAGCAAAUGCCUGAUGUUAGGUACUACGGAGCUUAUCAGUUCAGUACUCCGAAAAUAGUUAUUCGUGAUCCUGAUCUGAUAAAAGCGAUUACUGUAAAAGAUUUUGAUCACUUCACGGAUCACGUCGCUAUGGUUGAUCCUAAAGCAGAUCCACUCUUCGGCAAAAAUCUUUUGGGUUUAAGAGGAGACGAAUGGAGAAACAUGAGAGCAACCUUAACAACAUCUUUCACAAGUAGCAGAAUAAAAACAAUGUUUGAACUAAUAUCAGAAGCAGCGGAAAAUUAUAUCAAAUAUUUCCUAAAUAAAAAUUUGAAAGUAGUGGAAAUAGAAGCAAAAGAAACAUUCUCGAGAUAUACAAUUGAUGUAAUAGCUACCACUUCAUUUGGUGUAAAAGUAGAUUCUUUGGGAGAUAAAAAUAACGAAUUUUUCAGAAUGGGCAAAGAAAUAUCAGAAAUAAAAUUUACUGCCCUAAUCAAAAUAUUGAUAAUGCAACUUUCCUUGAAACUAUACAGGUUUCUCAAUUUGGCAAUGUUCAGAAAAGAAGUAAAUCAAUUUUUCACAUCUUUAAUAGAAGACACAAUCAGAACAAGAGAAGAGAAAAAUAUAUAUCGGCCAGAUAUGCUUCAAAAUUUGAUAGAAGCAAGAAAACAGAAUCCAGGAACUUCAAAGGUAGCACGUAAUUUUUCUAAUGAAGACAUUACGGCUCAAGCUGUGAUAUUUUUCUUUGCUGGAUUUGAUUCUGUUUCGUCUGUAAUGACAUUUUUGAGUUACGAAUUGGCAAUAAAUCAAACUAUUCAAAAUAAACUGAGAGAAGAGAUUUACGCAACACUGAAGGAAAACGAUGGGAAUGUUACAUAUGAAGCUAUAGUUCAUAUGAAAUAUCUGGAUAUGGUAGUUUCUGAGGCCCUAAGAAAAUGGCCACCUUUCGUAUUACUCGGACGCGAAUGCACAAAAACCUACGUCAUCGAACCACAAUCACCAACCGAGAAACAAGUGACAAUUCCCAAAGGAAUGGCCGUUACAGUGCCCAUCUACGCCAUCCAACACGAUCCCCAGUACUACAAGGAUCCAGAAGAAUUCAUUCCAGAACGUUUCGCUGAAGAAAACAAGAACCAAUUACCCUACUUGCCCUUUGGACUAGGCCCUAGAAGUUGCCUGGGUUCGAGGUUCGCCCUGGUCGAAAUCAAAACUAUAUUUUUCCAUCUGGUUAAAAAUUUCAAGCUGGUACCGACAGGAAGGACUCAAAUUCCUGUCAAGCUUAGUAAAAAGUUUUCUGUAAAUAUCCGUCCUGAACAAGGACUCUAUAUAGGAUUAGAAAAAUUGUGAUAUAUUUGUAUUUCUGUAUAUUGUAACCUAAUACAGAGGGGUUUUUUACGCUAGCUUCAAAUUUAAAUACAAAUUUGAAUGUUUUAAGUUAAGAUUAUUUCCAGGUUUACUUUCUUUUUAAAAUAUUUUUCAUUUAUUUUGAUAAUUCUGGUAUAACCGUAAGUGAUUGUCAAUUUACUUAUUUUAAAUGGAAAACCUUCUAUAAAUUCUUGUAAAUUUUCUAAAUUUUUGUUGUUUAGAAAAUGUCUUAGUCUGCUCAGAUUUUUACAAUAAUUUAUCAAAUAUUAUACAGGAAGCUCAUAAAAAUGUUACGUUAACAAAACUAUAAAAACUAUUAUUUUUUAAAUCGGAAACACUCAUUUCUUGAAUGCAUGUUAUAUAAAAUUGUCUAUACACACUUAUGCAAAAUAAUUUUCAAAUUGUUUAGUUAUUAAUAUUCUUCUAUUAGUAAAAAGCUAUUUUCCUUAUUAGAUUAUAAUCAACCAAGACUGAACUAACCCUGGGCAAGGGAUACUUAUAUUUCUUUUUUAUGAUAACUAUAGAAACAAACACAUAAAGAGAAUAAAACACA